UUGUUGGUGCACGCGACACUUUUCAGCUGCAACCACAAUGACAGUCAACCUCUCCUACUACGCCAUCCCCCUCGUCCACCUCCAGACUCUCUUCGCCUCCCUCAGAGGUGCUACCAUUCGCCUCGGCUUCCGCAACAAUGUCGCCCCGCGCGAGGUCAUCAGCGAGAUGGAAAAGUCUGGCAAGGUCAAGCCCCACACCAUAGCCAAGCUUAAGCGCAGGCAGGCAGCUCACGAGAACUGUUUCGAGAACAUGGGUCCUUUUAUCGGCGCUGUCGUUGCUGGUAACACGGUUGGCUUGUCCACCACAUGGAUGAACGCCAUGUCCAUCACCUACUUUAGCCUUCGAUGCUUGUAUAUCUGGCUUUAUCUCAACAUCACCGAGCAGAAGAAGUCAUACUUCCGGUCAGUCGUGUAUUGGGGUUGCAACUUCUGCUUUUUGGCCACUUACGUCAAAGCCGGCCUAAAGCUCAACUCCGGCCUGUAAUAUACACCGAGGAGAUUUGAAGGCAAGCCAUGUGGCUGCCCGUGACUGUGCGAUGCCUUGGAACAUGGACAUAUACGCAAGUAGGGCCCAUGAUGUACUGUAAUAGCAUGUCUCCUAUCAGCUGGUCACAGUGAGCGGUUCACAUACAGGACAGUGCAAUCUGAGGGACUCACAGCCCAAGCGUAUGCAGGCAGUGCCCAGGUAAGCGGCCUCUGCCAACAUGUCCCUCUGCCCUGGUACAGCUUCACUCCUGCCAGACUGUGAUAUGCCAAUACACACCGCUUGACAAGCAUACAUGACUUCAUGGAGAGGACAAUCAUUAAGGAUUUCGUAAAAAGAUGCGUCAAUCAGGAUACAAUGACAAUGCACAACGCCGCCCUACGACCCUUCUCCUCGUACAAUCAAUCACCUCGCCUUCUUCCGUCUCGCUAAUCAUCCUGUACAUCGGCCGUCUCGGAUGCAAAGUGGGGGAGCCGCUCCUUUCUUUCCCCUUCGCCUUGGGAGACCCCAGCCCGGACGUAAACUCUGAUGAAGCUUGCGUCUGCCCCUUGCCCGCAGGACUCGGCGGUGGAGGUGACAUGACGCUGACGGCAGAGAAGAGAGGGUGGUUCAAAAUGGAACCCCCUUUGACAGUCUUUGAGGGUCUGGUAGUGCUCUUCUCCGCUGCGGGAAGGGAUACAGAGGAAGAGCGCGUCAUUCUCGGAGAGGUAGCGUUGGGGCGUUGAGAGCUGGUCAGGACCCCCGGCUCGGCCGCGAGACCUUUUGAAGCUCGUACAGCCCGUCGCCUUGGAAGUGGCACCACCUCAUCCUCAUCCGAUGAUGUAUUGCAAAGGUCGAUCACCCCGGAAGACGCCGCCGGCCGGGCAGUGAAGACUGCUGGGGAAGAUACGGCCUUUUGGCCCCAUUGGCGAGCAGAGAAGCGAGGUGCAUUAGAGGCCGUGGGGAGAGUCUGGUCGGCUGAGGUAGGGACGGGCGAGCUCCGGCUCGGUGAGGUUGGUACAGGAGACCUCUUCUUUCGAGCACGCCUGACUGU